AUGGAGAGCAAAACCAUUGGUAUACUAGGAGGUGGCCAAUUAGGUCGUAUGAUUGUGGAAGCAGCACAUAGAUUAAAUAUCAAAACAGUCAUAUUGGAUGCACCAAAUUCCCCAGCAAAACAAAUUAAUGCACUUGAUCCUCAUGUAGAUGGUUCAUUUACUGAUUAUGAAUCUAUGUAUAAAUUAGCUGAAAAAGUUGAUAUUAUAACAGUUGAAAUUGAACAUAUUGACGUUGAAUCAUUAAAAAAAAUACAACUGAAAUUUCCUAAAAUUGAAAUAUAUCCAUUACCUGAAACUAUACAAUUAAUUCAAGAUAAAUAUUUACAAAAAGAACAUUUAAUUUCAAAUAAUGUAUCUGUUACAGAAUCUCAGCCAGUUGUCGAAAAUACUGAGGCAAAUUUAUUACAAAUUGGAGAAGAUUAUGGUUUUCCAUUCAUGUUAAAAUCAAGAACUUUAGCUUAUGAUGGUAGAGGAAAUUUUGUUGUAAAAGAUAAAUCAUAUAUUCCAAAAGCGUUAGAAUUUUUAACUAAUCGUCCAUUAUACGCUGAAAAAUGGUGUUCUUUUAAAAAAGAAUUAGCAGUAAUGGUAGUUAGAUCAAUAAAUGGUGAAGUAUUUGCAUAUCCAACAGUUGAAACCAUUCAUAAAGAUAGUAUAUGUCAUUUAGUUUAUGCACCAGCGAAAAUUACUGAUACAUUAGCAGAAAAAGCAUCAUUAUUAGCUAAAAAUGCAGUUAAAUCAUUUCCAGGUUGUGGAAUAUUUGGAGUUGAAAUGUUUUUAUUAGAAAAUAAUGAAUUAUUAAUUAAUGAAAUAGCUCCAAGACCUCAUAAUUCAGGUCAUUAUACAAUUGAUGCAUGUGUAACUUCACAAUUUGAAGCUCAUGUAAGAGCUGUUGCAAAUUUACCAAUGCCAAAAGGUUUUACUGAAUUUUCAACAUCAAUAACAAAUGCAAUUAUGUUAAAUGUUUUAGGAGAUAAAGAUAUUCCAAAUAAAGAAUUAGAAUUAUGCCGUAGAUCAUUAGAAACUCCUCAUUCAUCAGUGUAUUUAUAUGGUAAAACAACAAGACCUUCAAGAAAAAUGGGUCAUAUAAAUAUUGUUACUUCUUCAAUGGAAGAUGCAGAAAAUAGAUUAUCAUAUAUUUUAGGAGAAUCAUCAAAAAUUCCUAAAUCAUUGGAUAAUAAAAAUGAAAAACCAUUAGUUGGUAUAAUAAUGGGUUCAGAUUCAGAUUUACCAGUAAUGUCAGUUGGAGCAAGAAUAUUAAAACAAUUUGGUGUACCAUUUGAAUUAACUAUAGUAAGUGCUCAUCGUACUCCACAUAGAAUGUCACAAUAUGCAAUAGAAGCUCCAAAAAGAGGUUUAAAAUGUAUAAUAGCAGGUGCAGGUGGUGCUGCUCAUUUACCAGGUAUGGUUGCAGCAAUGACUCCACUUCCUGUUAUUGGAGUUCCUGUAAAAGGUUCAACUUUAGAUGGAGUUGAUUCAUUACAUUCUAUAGUUCAAAUGCCAAGAGGUAUACCUGUUGCAACAGUUGCUAUAAACAACAGUACGAAUGCUGCUUUAUUAGCUAUUAGAAUUUUAGGAGCUUAUGAUUAUAAAUGGUUAAAUGAAAUGAAUAAAUAUAUGAAUAAUAUGGAACUGGAAGUUUUGGGCAAAGCUGAGGUUUUGGAAGACAUUGGAUAUGAAGAUUAUCUUACUGAGAAAUUAAAGAAAAGUUAG